UGAACUGUCUCGUGGCAAACCGCGAGCGGUGGCGAGAUUCCGAGUCGAAUUCGAUCAGGAUGGUGUCGAUUACAAUGAAGUUUUUGAAUAGGUUAUUCUGCCUGCUUUUGGCGUUCGCCGGCGCGAACGCCGGCGGCCCGACCCUCGUCUUGCUCGACAAUCUCGCGAUCAAGGAGAGCCACUCCAUGUUCUUCAAAACGUUGCAAGAUAGUGGCUACGCGUUGACCUACAAGCUGGCUGAUGACGCAAAUUUGCAACUUUCCAAAUACGGUGAAUACUUGUACGAACAUCUGAUAAUAUUCGCACCAACGGUCGAAGAGUUCGGCGGUGCUCUGAGCGUGGAAGCGAUAACGGAAUUUAUAGACGGAGGUGGGAACGUUCUGGUCGCUGGCUCCUCACAAUCCGGUGAUGCUCUGCACGAAUUAGCGUCCGAAUGCGGCUUGGAAAUAGACGAAGAGGGCUCCGCCGUUAUCGAUCACAUGAAUUACGACGUUUCCGACAGCGGUCAGCACACCACUAUAGUAGCGGAUUCGGUGAAUCUGAUAGACGCUCCGGUUAUUAUCGGAAGCAAGGAUGUUCCUCCGUUACUGUAUCAAGGAACCGGGCUGAUUGCUGACGCGGACAAUCCUUUAAUUUUACGCUUACUGUCAGCGUCCAGUUCGGCUUACACUUACAAUCCUGACCACCCGGUCAAAGAAUAUCCGCACAGCGUUGGCAAAAAUACGUUGCUUAUAGCAGCCCUUCAGGCCAGAAAUAACGCGCGAGUUCUGUUCUCGGGUUCGCUAUUUUUCUUCAGCGACGAAGCAUUCACCAGUCCAGUUCAAAAAGGACAAGGUGGUCAGAAGUAUGAGAAAUCCGGCAACCAAGUUGUGGCCAAGGCAAUGGCGCAGUGGGUGUUCAAGGAAAACGGCGUGAUACGCGUGUCGUCCGUUCACCAUCACCGAGUCGGCGAGACAGAACCGCCUGCCGCGUACACAAUCAUGGACGACGUGGUCUACUCGAUCGAGGUCGAGCGGCUGUUGGACGGCAAGUGGAUACCCUACGAGACGAAUGAUUUGCAGUUGGAGUUUGUGCGUAUCGAUCCGUUUGUACGCAUGACCAUGAAGCCGGUAGGAAACGGCCGUUACGAAGGCAGAUUCAAGAUCCCCGACGUAUACGGUGUAUAUCAGUUUAAAGUGGAUUAUACGCGCAUCGGAUUGACGCAUCUCUACAGCACCACGCAGGUCUCCGUUCGUCCGCUGCAGCACACACAGUACGAACGCUUCAUACCGAGCGCAUUCCCGUACUACGUGAGCGCGUUCUCCAUGAUGGGUGGCGUGUUCCUGUUCUCGCUUGUAUUCUUGCAUUACAAGGAGGACGCAAAGGUUAAAUCCGAAUGAUGUGCACGAACAGUGUCGUUCUUCAUUUCUCUUUUUUUUCCUUCGCGGAUCAUAUUAUCGAAAUAAAAGUGCAUAGCGUUGCGUCUCUUUGCUUUGGAAAAACAUGCAAAUUGAAAAAAUCCGCGAAAGUAAGUGUGAAUAAUACGUAAUGCGCACUGAGUCCGCAAGUUUGACAUUUGAUAGUAAUAUAUUUUCUCCGUACCAGCGCACUCAACUGAAUAACUUAAUUGAAAGCUGUAAAAAGCAAAUAGAAGUUUUUAUUUUGUACAUGUACGUUACGUAUAAGAGAAUAAAAUAGUAUAUAUUGUAAGUAUA